AUGGGACGAGGAGAAUACCAAACGACUCCAUUCAGCACUCUCGAUGCAGCCAUGAAGGAGUUCAAAUCUGUAUGGCGAUCGAAGACAGGACAAGACUGGGGACCAUUCUCUCAAUUCCAGGUCCUUCCCAAGAAAUAUCGAUUGGUUCAGCAAAGCGUUACCCGAUUGAAGAUAGAUAGACUCUUCCUGAGAACAAAGGUCCGGUCUGCUCCUUUUAAAAAAUUGACAGUAAAUGAUGAGGGCGUACGAUGGAUCGAUCCAUGUCAUGUCCAUUUGGUCACAUUAGCGAGGCAGCAAUUGAAAGGGCACGCAGUAUACUUGAUGAUUGCGAAAAGAACGUGGAUGAGCUGGAAAAAGUCCUGGCCAAGGGAAAAUCACACUGAUACUGACGUGUUGAAAGUGUUCGAGACAAGUCGUUCACUUUCUGGUGAGUUCUACAACACAUUCCCGAUCGCCGAUUUCGAGUACGGUGCGGUGAAGAUCUUCGAUAAUAAGGACGAUAUAAAUCGCGCUCGCGAGGACCUGAAUCGUAUGACAGAGGUAGAGGUAGCGACACGUCUUUUAACUGCGGCCGCCCAUCGUAAAGAUGUCGAUAGAAUCAGCUACAUAAUGUCGGCGCUAGAAUGUCGGUUCACAGAGAUGAGCCCAGCGGCCGAUAUGAGCCAGAAAAUCUUGCGGUAUAUCCACGUGACCGGCGGUGCAUGUUGGAAAGUCAAGGGUAUUCUGGAAAUAACCCCGAGAGAAGCGGUUUUGAAUUUCGGCGAUUUCGCUGACGACGAAAAUCAGAUGUUCCUCUGGCAUGGCACGAAGGCCGUGAAUUUAAUAAGUAUUCUGAAGGAUGGCUUCCUUGUGAAUCCGCGCAACACUUCUAUUACGGGUAGACUCUUUGGAGAUGGCAUCUAUUUGGCGGAUUCUUUCGAGAAGAGCACACAUUACUGUCAGUCAUCCGCUAAUGGUUACAACUACAUGCUUUUGUGCCGAGUAGCUCUGGGAAAAUGUCACAAAAUAAAUUCGUGGAAUUGCUCAUGGGGUGAAGAGAUGCCCAAAGGCUACGAUUCCUUACAUGUUGUUGGUCAAAAACAUCCAUUAUCAUCGAUUACGGAAAAU